CAAGCGGAGGUGAGCCAGAUGAAGAUUUCAGUUAAGAAGAGGAAGAGUGCUAGAAGAAGACAACAGCGUAAGCCAAGAGGAAGGACAGAGGCUGAUACGCCUAGAACAGGAAAAUUUGAUUAUACAAGGCAUUGAUCAAUCGAUGAAGUUGCAAUUUCCCAAAAAGUAGUAUAAAAGUCUGACGAAUAAAAGGCCUCCUCAGAUGCUGCCUGCAUUAAGCGUAGAAGGACACCUGAUACCCUAACAAGGGGCGCUUAACAGCAUCAAAAAAAAAGCUACAGCUUUAGUUUUACAUCUUUAGUUUAAGCUACAUCUCUAGUUAUAGAGAUUUUUAACUUAAGCUGAUUUAAGUUUUAUUUUGUUUUAUUUUGCAUUAACUGCUUUGUAUUGUAACCAAUAAAAGUAUUUUUAUUGUUACGAUUGCCUUCCGUGAGACUUUACUUAUAACUACAAACUGAGCCUCAAUAAAGAACAACCACAAGGUAGUCUUCUACGUCAUCCCUGAAGGACUUCAGCCUGCCGGCGGGUAACAGCUGCUGUGGUGUUGUUGGUGAAGACUCAGGAUUUACAGGAAUAAUGAGCGCAUCCAAACCCCAGAAAAGCGGUAAGGUGCGAAUCGAACCCUCUCUGAAUAAGGAGGAGGAGGAGUUUGUAGACGGAAGGAGAAAAUCUGUUCUAGAAAGCCUGAAGAAGCUUCAGAUACAGUGCAGUCAGAAUGAGGUGCCAAACAUUGCCUUACUGGGUUCUGGAGGAGGACAAAGAGCCAUGGUGGGUUUGCUGGGAUCCCUGGUUCAGCUCCAGAAAACAGGUCUUCUGGACUGUGUCCUUUAUCUGAGCGGAGUGUCUGGAUCCACCUGGUGUAUGGCCUCCUUAUAUAAGGAACCAGACUGGUCCACCAAACUAGAGACCGUGAAAGACAAGAUCAUCAAGAGACUCAACGGUCCUGAAGUCAGCUGGACAAAUGCAGUUUCCAAACUGAAGAAAUAUUACUAUGAGAAAGACUUCUUCAGUUUGACUGACGUCUGGGCAGUGAUGUUCAUCACGUCAUGCGUGAAAGAGAUAGACGAACACACACUCACAGAGCAGUGGAGCCAGCAGAGCAAAGACGGUAAAGUCCCGUUUCCCAUCUACACCGUGAUCGACAAGAAGUGCAAACAGCACGAUAACAGAGACUCCUGGUUUGAGAUCACUCCACAUGAAGCAGGUUAUUCUCUCACUGGAGCGUUUGUGGACACCUCCAACUUUGGCAGCAAGUUUCACCAAGGCUCCCAGACAAAUCAGCAGGAUGAAUUUGACAUGCUGUACCUGCAAGCUCUAUGCGGAAGCGCUUUAGCCGAUGAAGUGGAGAUUAAGAAAUUCCUCUGGCAAAAGAUAAAAGAUUUCUUUCAACAAAAGGAAACAAUAUUUCAGGAAAUGAGGAAGGAACAGCCUGAGAGGAGUAAAGAAGCAAUCAAACCACCAGAAGCACGACUGGACCGUAUGUCAGACCGCAGACAACAAGAUCCAAAGUCUCCAGACGAGUGUUACCAGGUGCUCAUGAACCUCGUGGACAUGAAUCUCUCUGUUUUGACUGGGGAAGAUACUUCUGCUCUUGAUGAAUCCAUCAGGACAACACUGAACGACCUCCCUGGAGGCAAAAGCCAUGAGGACAGACUGAGAAUUGCUCAUACAAAAACAGAAAAACUGAAUGUGAAGAGUUACACCACAGAUGAAUACAACAGAUUGAGUGAUCGGAUUGGUUUCUGGAUAUUAGAUGCUUGGAUGAGCAUUAUUAAUUGCAUGAAUCAGUGGAUCUGGGGCAGGAAUCAUAACUUCCUCCACAACAUGACAGAUGAAGCAGUGCCCUCCACUCUUCUGGAAACUGAGACGAGAGACUUUGAAGACACCGGGCUGUUGCUCAACUCACCCUACUUCUCAGUGCUGAGAAAAGAGAGAAACAUCGACCUCAUCAUUUCCCUGGAUUUCAGUGAGGGUGAUCCUUUCAUGACGGUGAAGGAAGCUGCCAAGACGUGCAAGGAACUAAACAUCCCUUUCCCUGAGGUCAACAUUCCCAGUGGACACUCAGAGAAACCAAAGGACUUCUAUGUGUUUAAAGGCAAAAACACUCCAACCGUGAUCCACAUCCCUCUCUUUAAUGUGGUCAACUGUGGAGACAAAAUUGAGGACUGGAGGAAAAAUUAUAAGACCUUUCAAGGUCCUUACAGCGCUAAGAUGAUCACUGAUCUCGUGGAGGUCGCUGGAAAAAACAUCACAAACAACAGAGGAAAACUGCUGGAGCAGAUCCGUGCGGCCGUUGGGCAAAAAGGAUCUAGACGCUAACAUGUAAAAUCUGAAUAUAGACUAAACUGAUUUGCAUAUCAGCAGUGUUGGGGGUAACCUAUUAUAAGUAACUUAAGUUACGUAAUCAGAUUACAUUUUUCAAGUAACUAGUAAAGUAAUGCAUUACUUUUAAAUUUACAAUUUAAUAUCUGAGUUACUUUUUUACAAAUAAGCAGCACAAGUUACUUUGUUUUUCCUUUUAUUGAUUGAUGCCUCUCCUGUCGCCAUGUUGAGAGGAAUCGUAAGUGCAGAAGUUUUUCCUUAAAAAGUAACUAAGUAAUGCAAUAGUUGCUUUUUAUGGGCGUAAUGCAUUAAUUUCCAAAGUAACUUUCCCCAACACUGCAUAUCAGUCAUUUUACAAGCGUUUAAUUUCUUUUUCUGUUAGCUUUUUUUUUUUUCUGCAAAAUGCUUUUUUUCUGCUAAUUCUGUUUAAUAUGUUUCUGCAUGUUUCAAUGUUUCUUUCUGCAUGCUGAUUAUAAUAAAACAGAGUUAUGAUCCUGAA